AUGGGGAAUGAGGCCAGUAUGGAAGGGGAGGGACAGGCGGGACAGCCCGGCCCCGCCGUCCCUGCAGCAGGGGCUCCGGCUUCCAUUUCAGCACCACCGGACUCUGGACAGCUCAUCAAGCCGAGCAAUGGAGCGCCAGCCGGAGGAAGUGGGGCUGGACCCCGGCCGGGGAUUAACAGACCACCUCCAUCAGACCUGGGACCUAAAGCAGGAGUUGAGAGUGGUCAUGGGACAGGGGACAGGUUGGCCUCCCACGACACCCAUCAGCAAAAAGGAGAGCAGGGCCAGGGCCAUGUGGCCAGGAAGAGUCUGCAUGUGGAUGUGGGUAGCAACAGGACAGGAAGGUCCCCUUCUGUGUCCCCGGACCGAGGCAGUGUCCCCACAUCCCCUUACUCUGUGCCACAAAUUGCACCCAUGCCGAGCAGCAAACUGUGCCCCGUCUGUAAAACCACCGACCUGACGGGCACUGGGGACGACAAGCCGAACUUCAACACCUGCACACAGUGUUGCUCCAUGGUGUGCAGCCAGUGUGGCUUCAACCCCAACCCUCACCUCACAGAGGUUCAGGAGUGGCUGUGUCUGAACUGUCAGAUGCAGAGAGCGUUGGGGAUGGACAUGACCACACCACGCUCCAAGAGUCAGCAACAGAUACACUCUCCUUCUCAUGCAGCCAAACCAGAACCUAAACCUGAUGCUUCGACUCAGCCUGCACCCCAGACACAGCCCCCUCCUCAGACGCAGCCUCCAGCUCAGGCCCAUCCUCCAGCUCAGGCCCAGCCUCCAGCUCAGGCCCAGCCUCCAGCACAGGCCCAUCCUGCGCCUGGCACUACCAAACAGACUGGUCCAGCUGGCCCAGGUCAGCAACAAAUAAAGCUCCCUCCAGGGGCAGUCGCUCUCCCCGGCAUGGCAAAGGCCCCGUCUCAGCCGGAUCUGUCCCGCAACUCUCCCGCCCACCAACCACAUCAACCCCGCCAGGACCAGACUCGCAGUGCAGGGAGCUCCCCUUCACGGCAGCCCCCACCUCCAGAGCAAACUUUUGGGAAGUUGUUUGGCUUUGGUGCUUCUCUUCUUAACCAAGCCAGUACUCUUAUAUCUGAGACUACUCAACCCCAACAACAGCCCCCCAAAACGGCCCCCAAACCAGGAGGACCUCCUGGUCCUGGGCCUGGGGUGAGUAAACCCUCAGGACAAGCCCCUGCUCAGCAGCAACAACAGCACGCUCCGCCAGACUCCUCUAAACCCAAAGCUUGUUGUCCUCUCUGCAAGACAAACCUCAACAUCGGCAACGUAGCAGAACAACCCAACUACAACACCUGCACACAGUGCCAUCACCAAGUGUGCAACAUGUGUGGAUUCAAUCCCACUCCACACCUAGUCGAGAAGAAAGAAUGGUUGUGCUUGAACUGCCAGACGCAGAGGGCUCUGUCAGGAAGCUUGGGAGAUAUUCCAGCUCCUGUUUCACAGCCCUUAGGAUCCCCCCGGCCACCCACUACAGCCAAUCAACAACCACCUCAGCAGAAAGGGCCAAAUCAACUUUUAGGGCCUAGGCCCACAGGUCAUCAACAACAACAGAAACCACUGGGUCCCCAAGUAAGUGGCCCUGUCUCUCCUGUGAAACAUGCUGGGCCUGCCCCUCAUACCAAGGGGCCCAGCCAAGCUUCCCCUCAAACCAAGGGUUCUGUCCAACAUAUUUCUCAACCUAAGGGUUCAGCUCAGCCUCCAUUCAAAACUAAGGGUCCAACACAGCUCUCAGCUCAGAGUAAGGGACCUCAAAUUAAAGGUCUUAAUCAAUCACAUGCUCAGAGUAAGGGCCCUGUUCAGUCUGCUAAUCAAAUAAAGGGCCAGAGCCAGGCCAAAGGGCAGACUCAGACAAAGGGAUCUGCUCAGCCCUCUGCUCAGAUGAAGGACCCUUCUCAUCCUUCUGGUGCCAAGGUCACCCCUGGUAAAGCCACACCCAACCAUGCCAAGGCCUCUCCCACCCCAUCAAAAACACUACCUACUCAGUCUAAACCCACAGGUAACAACCAGGUCCGCAAACAGCCGCAGAGCCAGGAGAAGACCAAAGUCACAUCCAAAUCUCUAAAAGAAGACAGCAAGGCCUCACCAAAGAAGGCAUUGUCAGAGACUGUCACUUCACCAAAAGACAUGAAGAUUGCUGAAGAUACACACAAGUCAAAACACCAUGAAGAUUACAUCAAAUCAAGUACACAGAGUCUAAGUGACACUGGAUACUCCUCAGAUGGGAUCUCCAGCUCUCAUGGGGAGAUUACAGGACAGAUCCAGGAAGAAGGAAUCAAACUCAGUGAAAGAGGUGCUUCCAUGCCCUCAGAAAUCACCAAGCUGGAGAGCUCCAUGAAGCCUUUACUAGAGUCGGCAUCAGACCAGAAGCACAGGCCACAUUCACUGUCUGUAGGACAGGGCCGAGACUACAAUCCUGAUGAUGAUGCAGCAAGGGAGGAAUCAGAGGAUGAACUCAGUUGUAAACUUCGCCAUGAUUAUGUGGAGGACAGCAGUGAAAGUGGUCUCUCACCAUUGCCAGUAAGACAGAAGAAGUCACAUAAAGAAGUAACAGAUGAGGAAUAUAUGAGGAGGCAAAUUAUGGAGAUGAGUGCGGAUGAAGAGGAGAUGGAGGAACAUGGAAACCAGAAGACUAAAAGGGGACAUAAAACAAGUGGGGAUUUGAGCAAAGAGAGACGGCGACUCUCUCAUCAUUCUAAUAGUUUUGAGGAUGACACCAAGGCAUCAGAGGCUAAUGAAGAGGAAGAUGUUGUAAUGGCUGGAGGCCUUCGGCGUUUUAAGACCAUUGAGUUGAAUAACACCAACAGCUACAACCGAGACAUGGAGCUAAGUACUGAGCAUGACCUACGAGAACCAGAGCUAGAGAUGGAGAGUCUGACUGGUUCGCCUGAGGAGCGGUCCAAGGGAGAAUAUUCAUCCACCUUACCUGCCACCACUCCCAGCUACACCUCUGGAACAUCCCCCACAUCUGUGUCAUCCAUGGAGGAUGACAGUGAUAGCAGCCCUAGUCGUAGGGCAAGACUAGAGGAGGCAAAGCAGCAGAGGAAGGCUCGACAUCGGUCCCAUGGUCCACUUCUUCCCACUAUCGAGGACUCAUCUGAGGAGGAUGAGCUCAGAGAGGAGGAAGAACUACUUAGAGAACAGGAGCAGAUGAGAGAUCUAGAGCAACAGAGGAUCCGCAGUACUGCUCGAAAAACAAAGAGGGAUAAAGAAGAGCUACGGGCACAGAGACGCCGGGAGAGAUCCAAAACUCCCCCCAGUAAUCUCUCUCCUAUUGAGGAUGCAUCGCCUACAGAAGAGCUGAGGCAGGCUGCAGAGAUGGAGGAGCUUCACAGAUCAUCAUGUUCUGAAUACUCACCAUCUAUGGACUCCGAGGCAGAGGGCUUUGAGAUGAUUGGUGGAAAGCUUUACAAAUCAGGAAAUGAAUAUAACCUUCCAACCUUCACGUCACUCUACUCCCCGACAGAAAAGACAUCAGCAACGUCACCAUCUGAUAAAACACUAAAGAGUGCAGAGGAGGUCUAUGAGGAGAUGAUGAAGAAAGCACAGCUCAUGCAGAGGCAAGGACAUACAAUUAAUCAGCAGAAAGGUGCCUCUCAGCCUGACAGUAAACAUCAUCUUGAAGCAGGAACUGUCCUAACCCCCGGCUCAAGCCCAACGCAGGUUACUGCACCUAUGUCCUUCUCCACAACAGGGAGUGAUCCAAGAAUUCCAGGAAUUCAUGCAGCACAGCAUCUAUCAAAAGAAACACAAAACAGGAUAAUGACACAGAGUGCCAAAAUUGAAGGUGUUGUUGGAGUUGCCACAACCAAAGCCCAAGUCAGUCAGACUGCCACAACUCGGCAGGCAGGUAGCACAGUGCCUGUUGGCAACAGAGCAUCCUCCCAGAAGCCAACACAGGCAUCACCUGACCCUGGAGCAUCCUCCCUAACCUCCAAAGUCUUCUCCCUUUUCAAAGGUCCCAGCCCCUCUGCCUCCCCCAAUGCUUCCCCAGUACAAAGCCCAACACAUACGCCAUCCAUGAGACCCACUGGUGGUAGUGGCAGGCAGCUACCAUCUUUGCCUGGUGGUCCUACAUCAGCUGCAGCAUCCCAUGGAGCUCAGGCACCUCAAAGGGCAAUUUUGCCACGUCUUACACGACAGCAAUCCUCCCAAGAUUCACCAGUUAUGGUGAUAACACUAGGCUCUGAUACAACUAGUCCUGCCAAGCCAAUUACUGUAAAUUCUUCCACUUCCCCUUUGUCAUCACCAACACAGGUCAGUUGUAAAACAUUGUAUAGCUCCCAGCCCCCUUCGACUAGUUCCCCAACAUCACCACAAAUGCAUUUAUCACAACAGUCUCCUAAACGUUCCUUACAGAUGGCUCAAAAUUUUGAAAAAGUAAAUGUUGGUAUUAGUACUGUGACCACAACUGCACAUAGUCGUGGAUCUAUGGAAAACAUAUCUCUAUGUAAAAUGUCAAAUAUUCCAGGCUCUUCAAUGGUUGUGGGUCAUAGUCAAACACAUCCAAACACUAAUGUGGUGGAUCUGAGAGCCCCAAUGAGGCCGGCUCCAAUUAUAAUGACAGACCAGGGAAUGGACUUAACAUCCCUUGCCACUGAUACAAGGAGAUACUCUUUAGGAGCAGAGCACCCAUCUGGUCGACACACAGCAGUGCAACCUCUUAUUAUGAACCUAAAUUCACAAGAGCAACCGCACAUAUCUGUAUCAACACCGACCACAGUUAGUGUCACAGUUGCAUGUUCUAUGUUCAUGUCCCAACCCAAGCAACAAGUUGUGUAUGGAGAUCCUUUGCAAAACCGUGUGGAUUUGGGACAGGGUGUUGGAUCUGCUGUGUGUUUAACCCAGAGCAAGCCUCUUGAGCAGCAGCUCCAGCAGCAUCAUCAGCAAUCCUCUUUUGCUCGUUACAAUUUAGCUAAUCAGGUCCAGCCACUGCUGAUGAAAAAAGAUCUUGUAGUGAGCCAGACAAGCAGUGCCCAGCCUGCAGUGACUAGUAAUGCUCUGGCAGUAGAUCUAAGCAGCAUGAAUCAGGCUUAUGAUGGUGGAUACCUUGGAAUUGGAGCACAGUAUGGUUCUUACACAGACUUGCGUCACCAAGGAGAUGUUGCAGGCCCUUCAUUACCCCUUCGCCGAUAUGGCUCCAUGUCAAAUAUCAAUUCUGACUAUGCCUACACUUCACGUGACGUAACAGGACCACAGGACUCCAAUCUGGCUCAGUACAGUGCAACCACUGCCAGGGAGAUCAGUCGUAUGUGUGCAGCUCUUAACUCUGUGGACCAGUUUGGGAGCCGUUAUGGAAAUAACCCUGAACUGGGUCAACCACAAGCGACACCCCACUGCACUGCUCUAGCACCGAGUUCCAAUCUUUCUCCUCCCAUGGAACCCCAGAAAUCUAAGGAAGAUGACAGACUGAGUCAGCAGCAAGAGCAUGUGUUGCAGCUAGAGCGAGAGCGUGUUGAACUGGAAAAAUUAAGGCAGUUGCGCCUACAUGAGGAGCUUGAAAGAGAUCGUAUGGAGCUUCAGCGGCACAGAGAAAAAGAACAACUAAUUGUUCAGCGUGAGAUUCAAGAGCUGCAGACAAUCAAACAGCAAGUCCUACACCAACAGCAGGCAGAGCGGGAGACACAGCUCAUUAUGCAAAGAGAACAACUGGCCCAACAGAGAAUGCAGCUUGAACAAAUUCAGUCUCUGCAGCACCAGCUUCAGCAGCAGUUGGAGGAGCAGAAAAGGCAAAAGACGGCAGCAGUGGAGGCAGCGGCUGCUACUGCAGCAGCGGAGGCAGCAGCAGCGGCAUCAGCAGUGGCGGCAGCAGCAGCAGCAGCGACAUCUGCCCAGGGUGCUAUACAAGGGGAUGGACAAGUAGUCCAAGCUGUGGUGGCUGCUCGACCUAUUCAUAGUUCUGCCUCUGAAAUGUCAUUGAGAAGCAGUGACAAACAGGCUGAUUCCAAGAUUAUGAAAAAGCAGAAUUCCAUGCCUCGGCUGAGGGAUGGCUCAGAGGAGGACGCUGUGAAGAGGAUUACAGACAGCUGUGUGCAAACAGAUGAUGAAGAUGGAGAGGACAGAUUCAUGAACAGGCGCAGGAGAACAAGGCGUAUUGCGGACUGCAGUGUGCAGACCGAUGAGGAGGACCAGGGAGAUUGGGACCAGCAGCCAGUGAGGCGCAGGCGAUCACGUGUAUCAAAGCACUCUGAGUCCAGUGGUGAGGCUAAACCAGAAGGGUCAUCUAAAGUGGCUUCUGCAAGUAUAGCUAUUCAGACCACAAAUGAUUCAUCAUGCCAAACAGAGCCUGACCAACUUAGCAGGAUUUCACCUGCUAUCCACAUUACCAUGGCAGAGACCUCAAAGGUUGAUCUAUUACAUUACAUAGCAGCCCCUGAAAGGACCCACAAAGGAGAGAGUCUGGCCUGCCAGACAGAACCAGAGUCUCAGUCUCAGGGUGUGGUCGUACCCCAGCUGAGUGUCCCUACAACUAUUAGUCCAUACUCCACAAGUCUGCAUAUAGUAGGUGCAAACACAACUGAACCAACCUCUCCUCGACUCCAAGGAGUUGCUAAGUUUGAGAGGAGAAAACCAGACCCCUUGGAAAUUGGCUAUCAACAAAAUGAGUCUCCUUCUCGCCAGCCCCCCAAAUCUCCCCAGGUGCUAUACUCCCCUGUAUCUCCAUUGUCUCCUCAUCGCAUGCUGGAGACAACAUUUGCCUCCCAGGAGAAACUUAACAAGGCCCACGUUACACCCCAGCAGAAGGCUUUUACUGCAGAAUCACCCCAGCGCCACCAGACCCUACCAAGACCCAUAAAAAGUGUGCAGCGCUCUAUGUCGGAUCCCAAGCCUCUCAGCCCCACAUCAGAUGACCCUGCCAAGAACAGGUUCUCUCCAUAUCAUCAGCAAGCUAUGUCCAACAGUCAGAUGGCCUCCCUGCAGCAGCAGCAGAACUCUCUGAUGAGGAAAAUAAAGAGGACUCUCCCCAGCCCCCCUCCAGAGGAGACUUCGCUCCCUAUUGUUACUCCAGCACAAAUGUACAGCUCUCCUGGCAUGGCCCAGAGGGUCCUACCCAGACCUGCCCAGGGAGUCACCAAGGCUGGCCUACUGAGUGAACUGAAAGCUGUGGAACAAGAGUCGUCAAAGCUCCGUAAGCAGCAGGCUGAACUGGAGGAAGAAGAGAAAGAGAUUGACGCCAAGCUGCGUUACUUGGAGCUAGGCAUCACCCAGCGUAAGGAGACCAUGGUGAAGGACAGGGAGAGGAGAGAGCUGGCUUACCUGAGAUGUAUGGGUGAUGCUCGCGACUACAUGUCUGACAGUGAGCUCAAUAAUCUCAGGCUGGUAGCUGCAACAGGAACCUUUGAUGCUAAUGGUCUGUUGACAAGGCCCAGCACUGCACCAUUGAGCCAAUUUACAAAUGAUCUUAAUGUAACCUCCCAGUAUCCCUCAACCUCAUCCUAUAUGUCUUAUCCAUACCCUCAAAGUCAACCAUCAACACAGCAGCCAGGGUCUGCUUACCAACAGAUAGGUUUCCAACCUCCUCAGUACCCUUCAUCCUCUGCACCCCAGCCGGGAACAUUCCAGCCCCAUCCCCCACCAGGCCCUGGCUACCAGAACCAGGGAACCUAUUCCAAUCGCAUGUAUGCCCAGUCCUCCUACCAGACAGACAUUGGCAUGCAGCAGCAUGGUCACCAGGGCUUCCAUCCACCUGGUCAGCCUAUGCCAAGCCAGAGCCUUCCUUACCCUAGCCCCUAUCAACCUGGUCUCUCCUAUCAGCCCCAGGCAGAGAUCCUUACAGUCCAUCAAAGACCACGGCAAACCUCUUUGGCUGACCUUGAGCAAAAACUCCCUACCAACUAUGAAGUCAUCAGCAACCCAGCAGUGUCAGUGGCCACAUCAGCUCCAGAUACCAACUUUGGCUCAGUCUACAGCAAUACGUAUGGGCAGUACCACCCCCCAGAGCCUGGGUUGACUCAUUCUGUGGAAAGCCCCACCUCUGCUUAUGCUUCAGAUGGACUCUACACUUCUAACCUGGAGCAGAAUAUUCCUAGGAACUAUGUCAUGAUUGAUGAUAUCAGUGAGUUGACAAAAGACAACACUAGCCAAGCUACUGAUGCUCUAAGCCAUCCUGUGGGAGGGCGGUAUCGCAGUGAGAAUGGCCCUGCACGUGGAAGUGCCUAUGGUAGGCCUGAAGAUGAGCCUGUGGAUGCUUAUGGCAGACCUACAGGAACAACAGGGUACCAGAGUGCAGUGGACAGUCGCACCAGCACCACAGGAAGUGGAGGCUCAUCCUAUUACUAUGAUGAUUAUAAACACCCAUCACGGAGCAGCUCCAGUAGCCACAAACUUGCACCCAAGAAUCUCGCCCCUGCAGUAGUCUCCUCUAAACGUAGUAAGCACAGGAAGCAGGGAAUGGAGCAGAAGAUUUCUAAAUUCUCCCCUAUUGAGGAAGCACGGGAUGUAGAGUCUGACCUUGCCUCUUACACAAUGACCACAUCAACAGGAGGCAGCUGUACAGUUGUGUCCAGAUCCAAGAAGCUUCAGGAUGAUGUCACCUACGGAAUGAAGAAGAAUGCAUAUGACCAGCAGAAAUAUUAUGGCACCAGUCGUGAGGGUCUUGAGGAGGAGGACCGCAUGUACAGCUCUGGUAGGUCCAGGUCUACUGGAUAUGGUAUGGACAAGAUUUCCUCCAGAGAUGCCACAGGCCACAGAAGUAAAUCCUACGAGAGGGAUGCCAUGGAGCGGUCUCAGAGAAGCAGCCGCAGUGGAAGGCCUCCCAUGCGCAGCCAGAAUUCAGAAGAGGAGAGUCCACUCAGUCCUGUUGGGAAGCCUGUAGGCAUGGGAAGAAGCUCUGGCAUACCAGACGCCCAUGAUGCGAGGAAUCAGUAUGGCUCCAGCCAUUCAUUGCCAGAUGUGCAGGACCAUCACAAGAAGGACCUGCCCAGAAGUCAUGUAUAUAAACCAGAUGACCCUUACCUUGUAGAUGACAUGCACUGUGCUGUGUCUGACAGUGAAGCCUAUCAUUUGGGCCAAGAGGAGACUGAUUGGUUUGAGAAGCCACGGGAGGCUCGAUCUGAUCGCUCAAGACAUCAUGGAGGUGGAGGUCACUCAUCCACAGGCAGGCGUAGUAAACAGACCUACCAUGAUUAUGACGAACCUCCAGAGGAAUACUGCCCCCAGGAUGAGUACAACCAACCGCGCCACUCCUCCACAGCAACACGGGAUCACCGUCACCAUGGCAGCAGCUCUGGCAGACACAGCUCUUCUCGCCACACCUCAGAGGAUCCCAGAUCGUCCCGUUCCUCCAGGACACACCCCAAAGACCCAUCUGUCCGUUCUGAUGGCAGAGGCUCCUCGUCUACACAAAGAAGGGGUGGUCUAGACUCCCGUUCUACCCAGGGAAGCCCCCGGAACUCAGGCGACUUCUCUCGAGACUCAGCCUCAGGUCAUCACCAAGGCACUGGGGGACGGAGCCAGAGACCCCAAGGACCCACAACGUCCAGAAGGCAGGAGCCCUCUGCAGCAGGGUGUAAACCACAGCAGCAGCAGCUCUCUCAGGGCCAUGCUGGGCACCAGCCCUCUCAGGGCCAUGAUGGGCAGCAGCCCUCUCAGGGCCAUGCUGGCCAGCAGCCCUCUCAGGGCCAUGCUGGGCAGCAGCCCUCUCAGGGCCAUGCUGGGCAGCAGCCCUCUCAGGGCCAUGCUGGGCAGCAGCCCUCUCAGGGCCAUGCUGGCCAGCAUCCCUCUCAGGGCCAUGCUGGGCAGCAGCGGUCAGGUGGUCAGGGCCAGUCUGGUAGACAUUCAGGCUCUGAACCACUUGAUGGUAACCAGCAGGCCCAGCAGCAACAGCAACAGCAGCAGCAACCAUCCCUGCAGCACAGCCAGACCCCUCAGAGCAGCCAGCCAACAACAACCACUGUAGGAGCUGGACCAGCACAGCAGCAGCCCAAAUCUGGCCAAGCCCCACCACAGGGACGCCAACCAGGAGUAGGGUCUGCAGCAGGGCAGCCAGCCCUCACAGCGACAAAAAUGGAUGCUACACCUGCAGCAGCAGCAACAACAGGAAUUAAACCUACAACAGGAGCCACAACAACACCUCAGCCUACCAAAAUAGCUACACCUCCUCUUACAGGCAUUGGCUCCAAGGCCCCCCCUGUUGGGAUCGGUAGCAAACCUGUAGGUAUAGGCAGCGCCGCACCAGGACAGGCACCUGCUGAAGGGGAUAAUGUUCUCACUAAAAUCCUGCAAGGAGGGGCAGCAGAGCAGGCGGGAAAACUGGGAGAUGGUACAGCCAUGAAUAAAUAA